GCAAAACAUAAUAUAUGCCGUGGUGAUUCUUCUGAUUUCCUGAAAACUGACCUGCUGAUCUUUUUGUUACGGAAUUCCAAAUAAAGGACCAGGAGGACCAACUGCUGACGCCCAGCUGCUUACCACCGCUGGAUGAGACGGACCACGUGGACCAGCAGGAGGCCGAAGAGGCAAGGACGGGGGACAAGGGAUGCCUGGGAUUGCAGCUCCCUCGGGUGUCCCCGGAAGACGCCACCCUGAGCCCCAGCUGCCUAGGGCCAUUCAACCUGGCAGAGAAGGAGGCGGCCCAGGAGAGGAAGGAUGACAUUUCAUUCUUCCUGAAAACCAUGGAAAACCAGGCAGAAGCCACGAGGACCAUCGGCAGGAUCAUCCAGUCCACGGAUGACGUCACGGCGCUGGAGGCCCGGUUCCCGGAACUUCUGCUGGCCUUGGUGAAUAACAUCAUGCAAGCUGUCGGCCUGCAGAGGACGUCCAAGGGAUCCGAGAGCCAAGACAUCGGCUCCCUGCCUCCUAAAGAAACGGCGGCCAUCAUCCGGAUGCUGCUGAAGCGGGCAGCAGCACACGUGGCGGUGGACCUGGUCUGCUGGUACAUCUUGCGCCGCCCUAAGACCUGCCUGCACGGAGUGGCCGUCCUGGUGAGGGCCCUCCUCGCAGCAUCGCCCUCCACGCAGCAGGGCCUCCAGGAACACCUGAGGUCCCUCAUGGAGAGAGAAGAACCCACGGAGCAUUCGGUGGCAGCGGUGGCCUUCUUUGUCGAGCUGCUGCUCAACGACACGUGCCCUGUCUCCCUGGAGAAGACCUGGCCGCUCCUCGCAGGCUGGCUGGCGCACCCCAGUCAGGCCGCCUUCCAGCUGAGCAGGAAGGGCCUUCUCCACCUCUACGUCAGCUGUAAGAGGAAGAAGAGGCCCGAGGAUUUCAUCCAGGGCAUACUUGGGUCCUCUGACGGAGACGCCACCUUGGCGGCCCUGGACUUUGCCCAGCAGCUGUGGCGCCACCUCCCUGAGCAAGAACAGGUGCCUCUGAACGCUCCGCUGGCUGCCCAGGAGUCGGCUCAGGUCCGAAAGGCAGCCCUACAUUACUACCGGGUUCUUCUGCAGCACCAGGAACCUCAUGAGGAGAGGAGGCGGAAGGUCACAGACCUCAUAGGGGUGCUGAUGCAUGUGGAGGACGAGGACGAGGCCAUGGCAGAGGCAGCGAAGGACAUCGCCCGGCGCCUGACGGAGGACCUGCAGCGGGACCUGCCCUGGCACGUUCUGGCGAGGGAAACCUUCAGCCUGCAGGAGCUGCUGCACAAGAUCUCAAAGCGACUGUUACGGUACCACACGCCGAGGUGUGUGCUGGAGAGCGAGGUGUACGACAUCAUGACCUACUUCCGCAGCAAGCAGGCUUCAGUGAGGAGGACGGCUGCCAUGUUCCUGGGUCACCUGAUGCACAAGGAUGGCAGCGUCAUCAUUGAAUGCGUCAUCGACGCCUAUCAUGCUUUUGUCGACCUCCUGAUCCGCAACAAGGACCCUGCCAUCAGGAGAGUCGGCUACCGGACAGGAGACAUCCUGCGGAAGAACUUCGCUCUCCACUCCCGCCACGGUGUGCGGGCCGCCGUCCGGCGCUUCGUUGCGGGAUGUAGGCGGACGAGGUACCCGCCAGAGUACCACGAUCUCCCUGCCUGAUGGAAUGGAAUGAGAUCUCCUGGACUUCUGGCUCGGAACACCACCUGGGAGCCAUGCCGCAGCCCACCAGGGAAGUGACAUGAGGCCGAACAGCGAGGGGGAACCUGGCUCCUCCCCCUGAGCCCAUGCAGCCCCACCCCUAGUCUCAGGAGGUCCCUCCCCUGCACAGGAGGGGCUGUGGGGCCGCAAGGGAAGAGGAAGGAAGGUCAUCUCCCCUCACCUCCAUCUGCUGGGGGGUGGAGUGCCCCCUUUUUACUCCUGAACCCCCUUCCCCUGCUCCCAAACGGCCUCCGGGCCACCGCCCCUGCCCCCUUCCGCGCCGGGAUGUGCUGCUCCUCCUCCCCUCCCUCUCCGGCAGCCAAACCCUGCAUCCCCCUUCGUUCCCUGCCGCCUUCCCCAGGCAGCGUCAGCCGCAGAGCAGCCCCUUAAGCAGAGAGGCCCCUGGGAGCCCAAGAGGCUAGUGGGCGAAGGAGGAGGAGGAGGAGGAGGAGGAGGAGGUCAGGUACAGGGCAGGAGCCCUUGCUGAAUGCAGGUGGAUUUAUUAGGAAUCCUUUUGGACUGUCUGUGCAAGCGGAUCUCUGUCGGAAGUCCCCACGGGAGUAGCUCUCUGGCUCCCUGGUGUGGCCUUGAAGCUCCAAAAUCCCCUACUCCCGUGGGGACUUCUACACGAGACGGGGUUGGUCAGGGAGCUCCUCCCGCCCUGGCUCCGCCCUCCCCUCUCCACAACUCUAAGGUUGGGGUCCCCAUUGGGAGGGGGGCUUUCCUCUGCUUCCUGCCUCCCCAAAAGCCCAACGGUCCUGGCCCGGAGGCAACUCAGAGACGUUCCUUUGCCUGCUACGGUGGGGGCCAGGGCCAGGCCCUCGCUGCGUUGUGUGCUCUCCCCCACUCAGGAGGAGAUGCACCAGGGAAGAAGAUUCUCCCAGCUGCA